ACCUGGCGACUUUGCUGGGUUGGCGAGGCCCCGCCCACCGAUGUCGUCAUUAACAAACCUGCGUUUCAGGCUGAGCAGAAAGACGUGUGACGCUCAGCGCAGGACACAAGAUGGCGGAGGCGUCGGAGCUGUUCAGCGAGCAGGAGCUGACCUGCUCCAUCUGUUUGGACCUCUUCACCGAUCCCGUCUCCACGCCGUGCGGACACAACUUCUGUCAGGCGUGCAUCGGCGGCUACUGGGCAUCCAGCACGGUGUGCACGUGUCCCUUGUGCAAGCACCAGUAUGACGAGCGGCCGCAGCUCAGCAUCAACAAAGUCUUUGCCGUCAUCACCGAGAACUACAAGAUGGCUCGCUACGGCGCCACCGGUGUCUCCGCGCCAGCUGGGAAUGGGUCGCCGGCCGUCGGGACCAACCCCUUCCUGACGGCGUCCGGCGAGGAGGUGGUGUGGUGUGACGUGUGCACCGGAAUCAAACAGCCGGCCGUCAGCUCCUGCCUCACAUGCACGGCCGCCUACUGCGUGGAGCAUGUGCGGCCGCAUCACACGACGCCCUUCUACGCCAAACACACCCUCAUGGACCCCCACGACGCCCUCAGGGGCCGCACCUGCGCUGUACACCGCCGCCUGCUGGAGGUGUACUGUCGGACAUGUCAGCGCUGCAUCUGCGCCAUCUGCGUGCUGGAGGAACAUCGAACACACAAGACUGUGUCCGUCCAAACGGAGAGACUCAGCAAGCAGAAACAUGUGGCGAGGACGGAGCAGGACAUCUUGGAUCGGAUCAAGGAGAAAGAGAUCCUGGCAUCGGACGUGAAGAGGAAACUGGAGGGGGCGAAGAACUACGCCGACAGAGAGCGAGGGGAAGUGGAAGUCCUGCUGGAUGAGGUUGCCGCAUCUCUGGACCGGAUCCGCUCGCAGGUGGUGGGCGGGAUCCGACAGCGGCAAGACGCCGUGAUGUCGAGGGGGGAGGGGUUGGUCAACCACCUGGAGGCGGAGCUCGGCCGGCUGACGGACAGGAGGGCCUCGCUGGAGGCCCAGGCCACCAGUCAGGACCACAUCGGCUUCCUGCAGAGCUUCCAGGAGGCGGCGGCUCCACUGGGGAAUGAUCAGCCGGUCAACGUGGACGACGACUUCGCCCUCCACUUCCACCUGGACGACGUGAAGGCCGCUCUGGCCGAGGUCAAGGACAAGAUGGACGACAUCGGGAUGGGAGGCGUCUACUCCAGAGGCUCCUUCUCGGCCAGCGACAUGACGCCUGCGGAGAGCGUGGCCAGUCUGAGAGGAAGUGGCCCCAGUUUCAGGAGGAGCCAGUGGGCCCUGAGAGACACGAAGAAGGCGAAGGGCGUCUCAGGACACAAGAAGGCUCGCGUGUACUCAGAGGACGUUACCUUGAACCCGGUGACGGCGUACCCCUUCCUCAUCCUGUCUGGUGACAGGAAGCAGGUGAAGCGUGGCGAGAAGUUGCAGUUCUACCGCAACAGUCCUCAUCGCUUCGACGUGUGGUCCUGCGUGCUCGCCAAGGAGGGCUUCAGCUCGGGGCGCCACUACUGGGAGGUGCUGGUGGGCGAGAACAAGGACUGGAAGGUGGGCGUGGUCGGCGAGUCGGCGCAGAAGAAAGGGUUGUUCGACAUGAGCCCCUCCAACCGCUACUACGCCAUCUGGUGGAGCGGCAGCCAACUGCGAGCACUCACCACGCCCCCGCUCACUAAGGUGAAGGCUCCACCCAAGCUGCGUCAGGUGGGCGUGUUCCUGGACGUGGAGGCCGGGCAGGUGUCCUUCUUCAACGUCAAGUCGGGCUCGGAGCUCUUCACCUUCCACGCUGCCUCCGAGUUCACCGAGCAGAUGUUCCCCCUGCUGGGCACCGGGGACAGGGAGGUACCCCUCGUCGUCAUGACCUAGGAGGGGGGUGGGGCUUUCUUCUUUUGUCGGAGGAAUAAACCAUUAAACGUUUCAUUGGAAUGCCUGUUA